ACAUACAUGUCAGCAUAACACACUUUGAGGUUAACACGAUAAAUAUUUACUAAUUAAAAACAUGUACGACUUGAAGGAAGCGCGUAAAAAACUCCUCGCGACUUUAGACAGGGAAACAAAAGAAAAAUACAUCCAACUACUACGUUCCCGGUGGGUUUUCAAGCGUCCGAUAUCAUCGAUUCAACUCUAUUCAGCCGCUAAUAAACUACUGAGAACUGAAGAUGAACUCCACGCUCAUAAUCAAUUCCUCUUCGCGUCGAUGGCCGAGUAUAACCACAUUAACUUCAAACAUAUUUCCAUGCCACCGCAAUCUCCAGCUGAAGAAGGUACUUUCACGAUUGUCAACGCAACAGAAUAUCUCAAACAACCCUCAACAUCAUCCAAACAAUCACAGCCUGUGAAUACAACAGUAAGAACAGCAGCAUCAGAGUAUUUCUUCCCGAAUGUAGGGUUUAUCAAGAACCGAAUUGAAGUCCAAGCAUGGGAGCAUGGAUUGGAAGAUGGGUGUGAGUGGGCUGUAGCUGAAUAUGUUGCUAAUUUAUGUCAGACUUUUGUGAAAAACAUCCUCACAGCAAUGAUCUCAAAGAAAGAAACCUACAAAAUCAGAGAUAAACACUUUCAGUAUGGUUUUGGUUUACCAGCACCCAAUCUCCUGCUCAGGAACACAAAUAAAAUCAUCGACAGAACAAAAGAAAGCAAAGUUGAGCUCACAGAAGAAGAAGACACGUUUUUACCCAGUUACAAACCCAGUAUAGAUGUAAUUGAGCAGGAGACAGCUUUUGCUUAUGCUUGCGGAAGCAGAACAUACUCUGGGGGAAAACUGACUGUGCAAUUGUUGUAUGAUACACUUAGAGAUAAUCCAGAGAUUGUCGGAUUACAUACAAUACACAGUACUAAUUUAUUAAAGCUUGGCUUGCAACUUGAAGAUUGAGACUGAAUUUUUAUAAUUUAUAUAAAAUAAGUUUGAAUAAAAAAUGUUUGCUUUACCUUCA